GUCUACGAGGAACGGUCUGGUGUGCCGCUGCGUUACUCAACGGAUCUGUCAACCAAACGCCUCUACAGGAUCCCAAGUCGUCUUACUUUGAGGCUGAAAGCAUUUACACCUUAGAGAUUUUUCCAGAAACAUUGGAAUUGGACACCAUUCUCUGUAAGGGCGAGGAAAGAGGCUGAGAGUAAAUCUAAGUUUUGAGAGCGCUGAAAUAAUAUGCUAAUUUCUAACCAUGUGGCUGGAAAAGGGGACACCAUCUAAGCGACACCUUUGACCAGACCUCGUCCUCUCAUGUUUGCAAAUGGGAGACAGAAACAAAAUCAUGGUAGACCCUGUUGUCUCCUCUCGCUUUGGCAAGCGACCCCUGCUGGAGAUCCCGCCCAUGUCCCUCUCCGGAUACGGCCAGAUGGAAGUCACGUCUAUUGAGCACUCAGGGCCUGGGACCGUGCACGUCACGCCGUUUGCUAACACCAACAAUCCGAUGUACGGAUCUGGUGUUGCAAAUCCGAAUAUGCAUCCCGGUUUUAUGACAGCAAGUGGAUUGCCACCGCCGCAAGUCGGACCAGUGGCAUAUCCCGGAUAUGAGAGACGGUUUAACACGGCGCCGAACCUCUACCCAGCUGGUCGUCAGUACUUCUAUGGUCCCAGCGGAGAACUCAUCAGUGGCAACCCUUUGCCCCAUCCGUCAUAUCCGGGCGUUUUCAACCCGUACGGCCCUUACGGACCGCCACCGAGACCGGUUCCGAGAAUAGUAUCAGAUCCGGCUUUCAUGCCGGGAGGACCAGGUUUUAGUGUGGAAUGUAUUCUGGAGUACGGCAGAAUAGUUAACAUAGACACACGUGAUACUGGUGGAGAUUUUCGGGGCAUCCCACCAUUUAUCCGAGACGAACUAGUCCGGACGUACGGGAAGUAUCCUUAUACUGAAGUCAAGCUCCGAUGUGAGAACGGAGAGUUCCAUAUCUACGCUAUGCACAAUCAACGCCAAGGGCAGAGCAGGAACAGGCGAGGCAGGAAGCGAGAGGGAUCACGUGGACGAAAGCGAGACGACUCGGACGAUGAUUCAGACAGCGCGUAUGGAGACACGUAUUACGAGGAGAAAGAUAGUCGCUUCCGGAACCGUGCCCGAUCAAACUACGACUCCCGCAGUGAAGGAAUCAAACCGCGGGCGCCUCAGAUGGCACCCAGAGGCAUCAACCAUGAGCGAGGCUGGGACAACGUACGGUGAUGAGAAA